CAUGAAAACAUCUCUAGCUCUGAUAGGGGUUAUCUCUUCUUGAAACCUCUCAUUGUCCCUAUCCAAGAGUAUCAAGAGAGAAGAUAAUGGUACAUCAAGAUUGCAUAUUGUUAAGAACUCUCUUUUGCUCUCACGAGCGCUGCAAUCAACAACAACAAGGAAAAUAUCUCCUGGCCUAAUGCCACCUGGAUCACCGGGAAUUUUUAGGCGUAAAUCGUCAACAGAAAUUUCCCCACAUGCAACAAUCACUGCACGAUCGAGCGCAGGUGCAGACGACUCGUCAGAAAACAAAAUGGCGGGGACUACUCCAGCCACUACGGUACAAGGCUGGCCAAAUUCCAAAGAUGAUUAUGAAUUAAAAGAAGUAAUCGGUGUGGGUGCUACAGCUGUAGUUCACGGUGCCUAUUGUAAACCAAGGCAAGAGAAAUGUGCAAUCAAGCGGAUAAACCUCGAAAAAUGGAAUACGAGUAUGGAUGAAUUAUUGAAAGAGAUCCAGGCGAUGUCGUCAUGUAACCAUGAGAACGUGGUAACGUACUACACGAGUUUCGUGGUACGGGAGGAGCUAUGGCUGGUCCUCCGGUUGCUGGAAGGAGGCUCGCUGCUGGACAUCAUCAAGCACAAGAUGCGAGCGGCCAACUGCAAACACGGAGUGUUCGAUGAGGCCACUAUUGCCACGGUACUAAAGGAGGUGUUGAAAGGACUCGAGUACUUCCACAGCAACGGACAAAUCCACAGGGAUAUCAAGGCAGGUAACAUCCUGCUGGGAGAGGACGGGACGGUGCAGAUCGCAGACUUUGGUGUAAGUGCGUGGCUGGCGACCGGCCGAGACCUCUCCAGGCAGAAGGUGCGACACACAUUUGUGGGCACCCCUUGUUGGAUGGCUCCGGAGGUUAUGGAACAGGAUCACGGGUAUGACUUCAAGGCAGACAUCUGGUCCUUUGGUAUCACGGCGAUAGAGAUGGCAACAGGCACAGCCCCGUACCACAAGUACCCGCCUAUGAAGGUGCUGAUGUUGACCCUUCAGAACGAUCCACCCACCCUGGACACCGGGGCGGAGGAGAGGGAUCAGUACAAGGCGUACGGCAAGACCUUCCGCAAGAUGGUUAUCGAUUGUCUCCAAAAGGACCCUUCGAAAAGGCCAACGGCCACAGAGCUACUGAAGCACCCGUUCUUCAAGAAAGCCAAGGACCGCAAGUACCUCCAGCAAACCUUGGUGGCUAUCGGCCCCAGUCUGGAGACUAGAGUUCAGAAGGCCACCAAGAGACAGCCAGGUGCUUCCGGUCGUCUUCACAGGACUGUGACUGGAGAGUGGGUGUGGAGCUCUGAGGAAGAGGGCGACCACUCUUCAGACGAGGAGGCAUCAGAGAAACCGAUGAACAACAUUGAGGCCGACAAUUCAAGUGGCAGUGACCGGGAGACCGAGAACGAGGCACUGAGCACCUCGGCUCCCAUCAACCUGGUCUUGCGUAUGCGGAACUCGCGAAGGGAGCUGAAUGACAUAAGGUUUGAGUUCAUGGUAGGAAAGGACUCCGCUGAGGGGAUUGCCACGGAGCUGGUGGGAGCAGGGCUAGUGGACGGUCGGGACAUCGUAGUAAUCGCUGCCAACCUGCAGAAGUUGAUAACCAGCAAUGGCCAGUUGCGACAGGUCACCUUCCCUCUGAAUUCCGGUAUUGCAGCCAACGAAGUGCCUGACGAUAAGUCUCUGAUUGGGUUCGCGCAGAUCUCUCUGACUGAUUAGCGAUCACCGCGCCGCGACAAGAGAGACAGUUCCUUGCGCUGACGAUGUCUUGGUGCGGGUGUCACUCUACGCGGAGUCGCUUCCUCGAACGCUAUCCUCCCGCGUCAACAGUCUCCUUCCGGGACCGCAUUCCGUGCGUUUCUGCCGCAUAUGUUUGUCAUUAUCUUGUGUUCAACUGUGUUUUACGAAUUUAUUUUAAAAUAUCAACGAAGUGUCUGAGAUGAGAUGGUUUUUUCAAGUUGUUAAUUUUAUUUUUCAUUUAUUGAGUUCCUCGCAGAGGGAAAAAGUAUUGUACGUUUUAAGAGAAUACCUAUUAUAUGUUUGUUGUGAAAUACGUAUGCAUGAUUGAACAAAUUGCAGUUACUGUAAAAAACAUGAUUCAGACUGGCUUGAAAGCUGUUUUAUAUUCUUGAUGAAUUAGAGCCAUGAUUUUAACUUAAUCUUUGAUAUCUAAACUUACACUUUGUUUACAAAUCUCAUUGUGUGUGUGACCAUUUUAUACAGUUUUGCUCAUAUCAUAGUAUUUAUGUUGUUUUAAACCUAAACACAUUAUAUUAGAAUAUCAUUAUUUUAGGAACAAUAUUUAAUGUAACACAUCUUUCUGAAGUUUAGAAAUAAGGUUGUGGUUAAUAAAAUUGUACAUAUUUGAUGUAUUUAUGUUUUCUGAUUUCCAAUAAUGCUCCCAUAAAUUCCCAAAAUUUUAAAGUAUGUUUAGGCUAGAAUUUGAUAAUUUUGUUGGAGAUUUAAUAAAUAUCCACCAUUGUUUACUUUUGUGUGCGAGAGUUUUAAGACAAACCUGGUGAAAAGUUUAUAUAAAUGGACAAACAACUCUGAUAUCACUUGUCCUUCUUGAUGAAGGAGAAGGUAAUAAAAUAUAUAAAACAAUGUUGGUGUAUUAUAAUUGGUUUUAAGUACAAUUAAGAGUAUAUUAUUUCAUAUGUAUUAAUGUACUGUUCUGCAAAUAAGUAAUUAUUCAACUCCCAUUAUUAGAAGAAUGUAUGGUAUCAUAAUAAUAAUUUAAAUGUACUUGGACCUUAAAAUUAAUAUGUAAGGGGAUUAGUCUCUAAUAUUUAUUUAGUUUUAUUUGUAUGAAAUUAUUAUGCCUGAAUACUUGAAAAAAGUUUGAUUUUGACUUUAAAAUUAAUUACAUGUAUGGAUUAACUACAAACUAACAUACUGGAUUGACUUGUUAAAAAGUGAAUAAGUUGGAUUGAUCACCUGAAGGUUAUGUAGAUUAUUGAAACUGUAUUGAAUCAUAACUACUACUUUAUUUUAAACACAGCUAACCAAUAGUAUAAUCUCGUAGUAUAUCAAAAUCAUGAGGUUUUCCAAUGUUGAUUGUAAAAACGGGAAAAGGGUGAAUCAAAUUUUUGUAUGAUGAAAACGUAAAAAAUAACAACAUAAAGCGACUCACGCACACCAAGUAUUCUGGAUGAUAGUACGUAGCAUCGAAGACAAUAAUUUUGUAAAGCAUUACGUAAUUAGCACUGUGUGUAUUAUACAAUUUAUUUAUUGUUACAUUGUUAUUGUUUUAAAUAAUUUGGUGCUUUAGUUAACAUUAGAAGAUGAAUUUAGUUGUCAGAUAAAUAAACGUGCCAGAAUUUCUUACAUACCAAGUUCUUUAGAGUUCUAAGUUGUUUUGUUUAGUCGUAUAUUUUUCUAUUUAGUUAUGGUCAGUCUGCAAGCUUGCUCGGUUACGAAGGGUUUGCCUGUAACUCGGAAUGGUGACUCAAGAUUUGCGUGGGAUCCUAGCUUACAUUGACUCUACGUUAGCCGCUAAGUAAUCAUGUGAUUUUAGUAAUAGUCAUAUUGUAAUCUUCCGUGUAUCGGUAUCCAAUAGCAACCCAGCUCAUCCUCAAUAGUGAAGCUUUUAUAUUAUAUAUAAUAUAUAUUUUAUAGUAUUUUCUCAUUGUUUGUGAAGAUUGUUAUAAAUAAAUUACUUUAAUGUAAUAGUUGUUUAACUUCUUUCUUGCAAUCUAUGUAAUGAUGUAUUCAUUGAAAUGUUUUAGGCUUUGACUGUUGACAAUGGUAGUUCACCUUUCUUGUGGAAUGUUCUUAAUAAAUUUUCCGAACCUAAAAAGUUUCAAUGUUAAUUUGUGCCUCAAAUGUUUUAAGCAUUGUUUAGUAUUUCAUUCUAUUGUUAUAUGGUCUACGUUCAAAUUUAGUUGUUACAACUUGUAUAUACAUUUCUCAAGGCAAUAAUUUAUCAAUCUGUAAUUGAAAUUGAACACAUUAAUCAAAUCAUUAGCCUAAUAGUUAUGUGUUAUAUUUAAUAUUAAAAGAAAUAUUAAUGAAAUACUAUUAUUUGAAAAGCUAAUACACAAUAAAUAAAUUUGUAUGUUUUGGAACUUGUUUGUAAUUAAAAACAUAUUUUAGUACAAUUUCAAUAUGGUAGUAUAAAACAGUGUAUACAAUUAAAAAUUAAGUAGAUCAUUUGAAUAGAUUAUGGAAGAUUAAAAACAUUUAGCAUGUUCUGUGAGUAAAAUAGUUAUUGUAACAAAAUAUAAUAAUACUUUAUACAUAAUAUCAUUACAGAAAAUAUUGAUAUAACUUUUACAUUGGUUUGUACUGGUUCAGGUUCUGAUUUUGAUAGAUUUAUAUUUGUUGUUGUUCUAAAGUUUAUGUAAAUAUAGCUUUGAAAUAAAAUUUUUGUCUAAAUGCAAACAUUUUAAUAGCUUAACAUUUGGAUUAAAUUACCUAUUUAUAUAUUGUUCUCUUUCAACUUUUCCUAAAAUGAAUUUAAUAUGAACAAGACUACAAAGUACUAAAGUAGCACAAGUAUUAUCAGUCACAGUUUGUAGUGGAUGUGAGUGUGUUUCGUGGUAUCCGCAGUACAAUCACUAAUCUCUGUAGAUACUUCACCGUCGUGUCUGGUAGAAAUUGACCUGUUGCCUAUCUAUCACUUUCCAUUUCAUUGUAUCCAUUCUGUAUUUACCAUGUAUUCAUAGAACGUCUGUAGUUAUAAUUUUUGUUGUUAAUUAAUUUGAUUGCCAAUGUACUUAAAAAUAAAUUUACUUCAAAGCA